CAGCACUAUAUGUAGUGUACUCCCUGCUUCCCCUUUUCAGGUCUGCUUCCUUCCCCACCCACCAAUCUUCAAACCUAAAUUCGAAGGAAAAAAAAAGAAAAAGAAAAACAUUUCCUCAAGAAAUACAGUCCUAAUUCCGUAUGUGUUAUCUCUUUAUGCUGUUUGGUCAUUAGAUAGGUUUCCCCCCUUUUUUUCGUGAAAUCUUCUCUCUUUAAAUGGAUUUGGACAGUGGACUGUUUGUGAGCUCAGAGAGCUCAUCAGGUAAGCAGAAGUGGUAUGGAUCUGGUCUUGGUUUUGGAAAACACCAACUCAGGCCCCGCCCUUCCGGGGAAGAAGAAGAUGAAGAAGAAGAAGAAGGUGUUGCCUCAAAGCUUGCCAAAACAAACUCAUUCUAUGAAGGCCCUCACAUGCUCUGUUUUUCUUCUCCCAAUCACCAGUUUUCCCCUGUUAACUCCGGGUAUGGGUAUGGCGGAUUGAGUGGUGGAAACAGGGGAGGAGGAUUAAUAUUCACUCCAUCUCAGUGGAUGGAGCUGGAGCAUCAGGCGUUGAUCUAUAAGUACCUCACUGCAAACGUCCCUGUUCCUCCUUAUCUUAUUAAUCCCAUCAGGAAAGCCGCGUUUGAGUCCGCCGCCUUCUCUGCGUAUUCCGGCCUCCUCCACCGCCCCAAUUCUCUUGGAUGGGGCGGUUUUCAAGUGGGAUUUUCGAAUCCCAACGACGCCGAGCCCGGGCGGUGCAGGAGGACGGACGGGAAGAAGUGGCGGUGCUCCAGAGACGCCGUGCCGGACCAGAAGUACUGUGAGCGUCACUUGAACAGAGGGCGCCACCGCUCAAGAAAGCCUGUGGAAGGUGGUCAAACUGGUCAUUCUGCCACCGCAGCUGUGGCCCGCGGUGGGAACGUUCCCGGCAACGCCGUUAGUCUCGAAAGCCAGAAUGUUAACUUGAAGCCGUUCUUUGCCACCCGCCCGUCUCCGCCGCCGCCGUCCCAGCGGUCGCUUCAUCAGUUCAUUGACGACUGGCCCAAGAACCGCCCCGACGCAGCCGAGCCGAAUUCCGACCGAACCCGUCUCUCGAUCUCUAUCCCCGUCGCCGAUUUCAAGUCCUCCACGUCGUCUCCAGCGUCGGGAGGAAAUCUCGCAGCUUCGCCGCUGAAGCUAUCGUGGGAGCAUAACACAACGGCCGCGGCGACCGCGACUCAAAUGGGGUUAGGCGUGGGAAGCUGGAAUCCGAUGGCGGCAUGGGACAAAUCAGCCUCCGUCGGAGGGCCUCUCGGCGAGGUGUUUCACAGCACCAGCAGCAGGGCCGCCAUUGACGGCGGCGGCAAGGAUAACGAUACAUGGGCACUGAACCUGAUGGAGGGAUGGGGCGAUGUUAGUCCGAGAAUAUCGUCGUCCCCAACGGGAGUGUUGCAGACGGCGGCGCUCUGUUCGCUAUCGAACAGCAGCACUGGGAGCAGCCCGAGAGCCGCCGUGAACGGCGACGGGAACCGUGGGCCCAGUCUGUGUAGCCUCCAUACUCUGUAGUUUUUUUUAAAAAAAAAAUUCCAGUUAUUUUAUAUAGGGAGUAUUUCUAUUAUUAAUUGUUGAGAACAAAUAUUAGCAGCGUUUAGCGUUUUGCUUCACUUAAGUGCAAUAAUAGCCGACUAAUGGCCGCAUCCGUGACGGAAAUUCAGUUGUUCUAAUCAGAUGAUAAUGACUACGAAAUAUUUAAAGUCUGAUCUUCCUCGGUAUAUUUAAAUAUUCUUCUAGAAUAGGAAAGAAAAUAUUGGGAAAAUG